GUUGGCCCAAUUUUAGUUCCCAUCGUCCCUGAUCUGGUACGUCAAGUAAAGAUGGCGGUCUCUAUACGUAGAGUGUGUGGUGCUAUUAGAAUUUUGACAGUAUUAUUUUUAUGUUUAUAUCAUAAUUGUGCUGAAACAGAAAAUAGUAAUCCCCACCGUCGCUUUGAAUACAAGUACAGCUUUAAAGGACCUCACCUUGUUCAGAAUGACGGGACAGUUCCAUUUUGGGUGCAUACUGGAAAUGCCAUACCUAGUGCAGAUCAAAUCCGGAUAACCCCAUCUAUGAGAAGCCAGAAAGGUUCAGUGUGGACUAAAAACAAAGUAGCCUUUGAGAACUGGGAAAUCGAAGUCACAUUUCGUGUGACUGGGCGAGGUAGAAUUGGAGCAGAUGGACUGGCUGUGUGGUAUACGGAACAGCAAGGCCUUGAUGGUCCAGUAUUUGGUGCUGCAGACUACUGGAAUGGAAUUGGAAUUUUCUUUGACUCAUUUGAUAAUGAUGGAAAGAAAAACAAUCCAGCUGUUCUUUUGGUGGGCAACAAUGGUAAACUGAGUUAUGAUCAUCAGAAUGAUGGUUCAUCUCAGGCUUUGGGAAGCUGUUUGAGGGAUUUCAGAAAUAAACCAUAUCCUAUCCGAGCCAAGGUUACUUACUAUCAGAAGACACUAACACCUUCACCCGAUACAGAAAUUCCGGAGAAAGAUAAAGAAAAAUACCAAGAAGAAUUUGAGCAUUUCCAGCAGGAACUAGAUAAAAAGAAAGAAGAAUUCCAAAAGGAGCAUCCUGAAAUACAGGGAGAGGCAACUGAUAUCUAUGAAUCUGUUAGUGAGCGUGAACUACGACAGAUAUUUGAAGGACAGAACCGCAUUCAUUUGGAGAUCAAGCAGCUAAAUAGACAGCUGGAUAUGAUUCUGGAUGAGCAAAGGAGGUACGUCUCUGUGGUGACAGAUCAGAUUGCAGGGCGAGGAACUAAUUCCCAUGGCCAGCAGGGACAGAUUGCAAAUGAAGAGCUUGAUAAAGUUUUGAAAAACCAAGAGAAGGUUUCACAUCAGGUGAAUGAAAUGAGGAGUUACAUAACAGAUGCACUAAAACAAGUCGGUGUAGUUCAGCAUACAGGAGGUGCAGGAGCAGCUUAUGAAACAACUCAGCAUUUCAAUGACAUCAAAGAGCACCUUCAUGUAGUGAAGAGAGACAUUGAGCAUUUAGUGCAAAGAAAUGUGGCAUUAAAUGAGAAGCCAAAAUGCCCGGAAUUGCCACCCUUUCCAUCAUGUCUCUCUACGGUGCACUUUUUCAUAUUUGUAGCUGUGCAGUCUAUAUUAUUCAUUGCAUAUAUAAUGUACAGAAGCCAACAAGAGGCUGCUGCCAAGAAGUUCUUUUGAUGAAACUUUUGUAAAAGAUUGUGAAGAUCUAUAUAAAUAAAGGACUGUAUAAUAGUCUGAUUUUUAACAGACUAAAUUAUUGUGUAUUUUGUUAAAAUUAUGAAUUAUUUUCGUUGAUGUUUGUAACUUAAGUACUUUUGGUACAUGCAUUUUUGGGUAGAAUUGAUCAUAGGUAAGAGAAACAGUACCAUUUAUUUUUAAUUUUAACUGAUUGUGUUGCAACACAUUUGCCAGCCAUUUUUUUGUAACUGUGAUGCAAGUCUUAACCAAAAUUACCUUUAAAAAGUAUUAUUUUAGUUGCAGGCAUUAAGUGUUAAUUCCUCGCUUGCACUAUGCAUUUUAAAGUGUUAUUUAAUUUAUCGGUAUAAGGCCUACUUUAAAAAUGACUUUAUCCAAAUAAGAUUGUUUUCUUCUGUAUUUAUGCUCUUCAUUGAGGUUUGUUUCAGUACUGAUAUAAAUGGCAAAUGCUGUUCAAACACCGUUAUUACAUAAUGCUGACAAUUUUAAGUCAAUGUGCUUUUGAAGAAACCAUUGCAUUUCUAAGCUAGAAUGUUUCCCUUCUUAGUUACAAAUUUUUGUCCCUAACAGAAAGAAUAGCUUUAUAUGUGUUAUUUUCACAAUGUGUCACAUUAGCUGUUAAAACAAGUAAUAAGUAUAUUUUAACAGUUUUAAUUUUUACAGGAAAUUACUGCCUGUAACCAGCUCAACACAAUUAUGUCAGAGCUUCUGUUUUUCUAGAUUUUUCACUUGGGUAUUCACAAAGUCCUUCUUAUCAAAAACACAGCAACUUUUGUUGAUAAGGUUCUGUUCAAGAGAACCAUUGAUUGUUCUAAGAUAGCUGUUGAGCCACGAUUUCAGAUUUCUGUGUGCAAAUACAAGUUAAUGGUUAGAAUUAUUUCUAGACUUAAAUUAAAGCUAGCAAAAUCAAAGGUGUUGACUAGCAGCAGUCCUGUGCCUCCAUAUUGUACUUUUUUUUUUUUUUUUUUUUUUGUGGAGCGCACAAACAUAUUAUCACUUGUAGAGGCCAAAAGAUGUUUACAUUUGUCUAACCUAGUUUUUUCAGCAUGGCCUUGAAUAUAAAGAUAGGGUUGCUAAUCUAACAAAGCUCAUUUUGUAUCUACACAAGGUAACCAUUGAAAGUAAUGCAUUUAUUUAUUAAUGUGUAGGGACUGCUUUUGGAGAAAUGUGUACAUUUUUUAAAUCUUAGGUGAGGUUGGGCAGCUUUGAGGUGAGGAGUAUAAAAUGUCAGUUUCUGGCUACAUCUCUGAAUAAAAUGGCAGACUCCUGUAACAUUUGAGCAGUGGAAUUAUGUUAUGACUUUGAAAUAAAGCUACAGGGGUAUAAGUACUGCUGCAUUUUGUUAA